AGUCUGUCAAGAUCGAGUGGAGUGAAGGAAAUGAAACAAUCAACAAAGCAAAAGUAUUUAUGAAUUUUUUAAUUGUAUUAUAAAAUAAUAUCCGCGUUGUGUACGAACUUGAAUUAACUUGAGGGAAAAACGAUCAAAAGAAGGAUUGAAUGCACCAAGGCUAAGGUGUAAGACAUAAUUAGAUAACAUAUAAAUUAUAUCGAAAAUUGUUGGCCAGAUUUCACUACAAUGGCCGCAACAAGAGAAAAACGUGCAAACGCUGGCAAUAAAAUGGCAAGGUUGCUGAAUGAAGAGGAGGAAGAUGAUUUUUAUAAAACUACAUAUGGUGGCUUUGACGAGGUGGAACAGGAUCAUGAUUACAUGGAAGAAGAUGAAGCAGAGGACGAGGUAGACUCGGAUUUCAGCAUUGAUGAGAAUGACGAGCCGGUUUCUGAUACCGAACAAGAGGGACCAAAAAAGAAACGUAGAUUAGUAACAAAAGCAUAUAAGGAGCCUAAACCUGCCACAUUGCAUGCACAGUCGACACCCAGAGAGAAAAAAAUAAAACAACCGAAACAAGACAAGACUCUCAUAGAUAGCAUAGAAAGGAAAUCAAUACGCCGCUCCACUGCCGCAAAGUCAGCGGCUACACAAAAACGCUUGCGUGAGAGAAACGAAGAAGAUAAAAGACGGAAAAUAAAAGUUGUGAAGCAUGAUAUAUGGAAACCUACUCAAGAAGAAUUAUUGGAAGAAGCAUUGCAAACAGAAGAAAUUAACACAAAGUCAUUGGAAAAGUAUCAGAAACUAGAAAAUGAAAAAAAGACUACGAGGACUGUAAGAAAAACGCAUGUUGGUCCAAUGAUUAGAUAUCAGUCAUUGUCUAUGCCAGUCAUGGUAUUAUCCGAAACAUAUGUGGAUGUAGAAAAGAUCAAUGUUGAAUGUGACGAUGAGAAAAAAGGAAAUUCUAAUAAUACUGGUGCUGACGGUUCUUCAAAAGGAAGUGAAACUGAGUCAAAAGGAGAUGGAAAAGAUGACAAUAAAAAGGAAUCUGUAGUUGCUACUGCUAAAAGGAAAGAUAUUCAUGCCAAGGAAACUGGAACAUUUUAUGAACGCACAUUUAUUACUUUUGAAAAUGAACAAUCGUACUUAGAUGUAUUUAAGAAAUCGACACCGCAAAGGCCACCAUUGAAGCCUCUAUGUGCAAUCACGCGGUUGCCUGCUAAAUAUUUAGAUCCUAUGACACAAUUACCAUAUAAAAAUGUACAGACCUUUCGAUUGCUUCGAGAAGCAUAUUAUCAGCAGUUAGAAGGUCGGACUGAUCUUAAUGACACAUCUCAAAAUCCAGAAUUAUCACGAUGGCUCGAAUGGCGACAGAAAAAUCAUAGUAAUACUCAGAGAAACACUAUUCGUCUAGAGUCAGCAUCUUUACCUGUAUCUUCAUAAUUUUUUCUGCUUGUAAGUAACAAUUUAGGAUAAAAAGUAGCCUAUUUUUAUUAUUCCCAUGAUCCUAUAUAAAUUAAAUUUUAUUAUUUGUAAUAAAGCGUAAUAUAAUUAUCUUUAUAAAAUA